AUGUUGUUCAAUAAGUUAGCUGCUGUUUCACUUGCGUCUUUAUUCUCCAGUGUUGUAACUGCUGAUGACGUCCCAGCUAUUGAAGUCAAGGGCUCCAAGUUCUUUUACUCUAACAAUGGUUCCCAAUUCUACAUGAAGGGUAUCGCCUACCAAGCCGACAGUGUAAAUGCUACUGCAGGUGCCACUAUCGUCGAUCCACUUGCUGACUUCGACACCUGUAGCAGAGAUAUUCCAUAUAUGGAGAAGGUUGCUACCAAUGUCGUCCGUGUUUAUGCUUUGAACACUACUUUGGACCAUUCCAAGUGUAUGCAAGCUUUGAAUGAUGCAGGCAUCUAUGUUAUUGCUGAUCUUUCAGAACCAAGUGCUUCUAUCAACAGAGACUCUCCAAAGUGGGAUUUGGACUUGUACAAGCGUUACACUUCUGUCAUUGACAAAUUCCACAACUAUUCUAAUGUUUUAGGUUUCUUUGCUGGUAACGAAGUUACCAACAACUCUACCAACACCGAUGCUUCUCCUUUCGUUAAGGCUGCUAUCAGAGACACCAAACAAUACAUGAAGGACAAGGGUUACAGACAAAUCCCUGUCGGUUACUCCUCCAACGAUGAUGAAGACACCAGAGUUCCAAUGGCUGACUACUUCGCCUGUGGUGAUGACGAUGUCAAGGCCGACUUCUACGGUAUCAACAUGUACGAAUGGUGUGGUAAGUCCACUUUCCAACUAUCUGGUUACGCUGACAGAACCAAGGAAUUCUCCAACCUAACUAUCCCAGUCUUCUUCUCUGAAUAUGGUUGUAAUGAAGUUCAACCAAGACAAUUCCAAGAAGUUAGUGCCUUGUACGGUAAGGACAUGACUGACGUCUGGUCUGGUGGUAUCGUUUACAUGUACUUCGAAGAAGCCAACAAAUAUGGUUUAGUUUCUGUUGAUGGUAAUGACGUCAGCACAUUGGCUGACUACAGUUACUACUCCGAGGAGAUCAACAGCGUUUCCCCAACUUCUGUCCAAUCCUCUACAUACAGCCCAUCCGCCACAUCCCUAGCUUGUCCAACAACCAACAAGUACUGGAAGGCUGCCACCGCUCUUCCUCCAACUCCAAACGAAGAUCUAUGUGAAUGUAUGUCUUCUUCUUUGUCCUGUGUUGUUGCCGACGAUGUCGACUCUGACGACUACCAAGACUUGUUCAACUACAUCUGUGGCCAAGUUUCUUGUGACGCCAUUUCCGGUAACGGUACUUCCGGUAAGUAUGGUUCUUACUCCUUCUGCUCCAGCAAGGAUCAAUUAUCUUUCGUUAUGAACUUGUACUAUGAAGCUCAAGGCGGUAGCUCUGACGCUUGUGACUUCAGUGGUAAGGGUCAUUUGGUUGACAAGACCGAUGUUCAAUCCGGUUGUUCUGCUGCUCUAAGUGCCAUCGGUGCUUCCGGUACUGGUACUUUCACCGGUUCCGUUACCUUCACUGGUGCUACCAGCAGAUCUGAUGCCUCUGCUACUGGUGACUCCAGCGACGACAACCAAUCUUCUGGAUCUGCUUCUGGAUCUGCCACCGCUUCUAAGUCUGGUUCCAAGUCCAGCUCUUCCAGCUCUUCUUCUUCCAGCAGUUCUUCCAAGCCUAAGAAUGCUGCUGGUUCUACCAAGGCAUCCAUGACUUCUGUUCUAGGUGCCUGUGUUAUCACCAUCUUCACCAUUGCUGGUGCAAGUUUAGUUGUAGUUUAA